AUGUCCCAAACCUAUAGAUCUACGAGAUCCGCUGUUAAGGAGAACAAAUCUUUCGAAGAUGCUAUUAUCCAGGGCUUAGCAUCGGAUGGUGGUCUUUUCAUUCCAUCAGAAAUCCCUAAGGUUAGCUCUGAAACUCUCGACAAGUGGUCUAAUUUGUCUUUCCAGGAACUUGCUCUUCAAAUAAUGAAGCUUUACAUUUCUAGUGAUGAAAUUCCUGAGUCAGAUUUGAGUGAUUUGAUCAAAAGGUCGUACUCCACUUUCCGCGCGAAGGAUGUUACUCCAUUGGCUGAAAACAUCACUGGUGAGGGCGAAAACCUCCACGUGCUGGAAUUAUUCCAUGGGCCAACUUAUGCGUUCAAGGAUGUCGCACUUCAAUUUGUGGGUAAUCUUUUUGAGUAUUUCUUGCAGAGAAGUAACAAGGAUUUGCCUCAAGAACAAAGAAAGAAAAUUACCGUCGUUGGUGCAACCUCAGGCGACACCGGUAGUGCUGCCAUUUACGGUUUAAGAGGUAAGAAGGACGUUUCCGUUUUCAUUCUUUACCCAACUGGCAGAAUAUCUCCAAUUCAAGAGCAGCAAAUGACCACGGUCCCUGAUAAGAAUGUUCAAACUUUGUCUGUGAAGGGUACCUUCGACAACUGUCAGGACAUCGUCAAGGCUAUCUUUGGUGACAGUGAUUUCAACAAGAGACACAACGUUGGUGCCGUGAACUCUAUCAACUGGGCGAGAAUUUUGGCACAAAUUACUUACUAUUUCUAUGCUUACUUCCAAGCUAUCAAAAAGAAUCCAGGAAAAGUUAAAUUUGUUGUUCCAAGUGGUAACUUUGGUGAUAUCUUGGCUGGUUAUUACGCCAAGAAGAUGGGUCUUCCAGUUGAACGCCUAGUUAUUGCCACAAACGAGAAUGAUAUUUUGGACAGGUUCCUAAAGAGUGGUGUUUAUGAGAGAUCUGAUGAUGUCGCUGUGACACUAUCACCUGCAAUGGAUAUUUUGAUCUCCUCUAACUUCGAAAGACUGCUAUGGUAUCUCGCCCGCGAAGUCCUAGCUGGUGGUGACGACCUCAAAGCUGGUGAAAUUCUAAGUCAAUGGUUUACUGAGUUGAAAACCAAGGGUAAAUUUGAAGUUUCUGCGUCCGUUAUUAACUGUGCCUUGGUUGACUUUGAUUCCGAGAGAGUUUCAAAUGCCGAAACUACUGCCACUAUCAAAGACAUUUACGAACACUCUCAAAACCCCAAGCAUUACAUUCUUGACCCUCACACUGCGGUCGGUGUUUGUGCUACUAAAAGACAAAUGACAAAGGACAAUGAUAAAUCUAUAAACUAUAUCUCUCUUUCUACAGCACACCCUGCUAAAUUUGCAGACGCUGUUAACGAGGCGCUAUCUUCUUUUGAAGGCUACUCUUUUGAAAAGGAUGUUUUACCUGAUGAAUUGAAGGCUUUGGCUGUUUUGGACAAGAAAUUGAAGUAUGUCGAAAAAGCAGAUGUCGAACUGGUCAAGGCUGCCAUCGAAGAAGAAUUAGUAAAGAUGGGAUUAUAA